CGAGGAGUUCCUGCAGAAGAAGUGGUCUGCAGAGAAGCGUUUUGGUCUGGAGGGAUGUGAGUCUCUGAUCCCUGCUCUGAAAACCAUCAUUGAUAAAUCGUCUGAAAAUGGAGUGGAGAACGUAAUCAUGGGAAUGCCUCACAGGGGGCGUCUGAAUGUUUUGGCCAACGUGAUCCGUAAAGAGCUGGAACAGAUUUUCUGUCAGUUUGACUCUAAACUGGAAGCAGCUGAUGAGGGCUCUGGAGACGUAAAGUAUCACUUGGGCAUGUACCACCGGCGCAUCAACCGUGUGACCGACAGGAACAUCACUCUGUCUUUGAUGGCUAACCCCUCUCAUCUGGAGGCUGUCGACCCCGUCGUCCAGGGCAAGACCAAGGCUGAGCAGUUCUACUGUGGAGACAACGACGGGAACAGGGUGAUGUCCAUCCUGCUCCACGGAGACGCAGCAUUUGCCGGUCAGGGUAUCGUCUAUGAGACCUUCCAUCUGUCCGACCUGCCGUCCUACACCACGCACGGCACGGUGCACGUUGUUGCCAACAACCAGAUCGGUUUCACCACAGAUCCUCGCAUGGCUCGGUCUUCUCCGUACCCGACUGACGUGGCCCGAGUCGUGAACGCUCCCAUCUUCCACGUAAACGCCGACGACCCGGAGGCCGUCAUCUACGUCUGCAAGGUGGCCGCCGAGUGGAGAGCCACCUUCCACAAGGACGUGGUGGUCGACCUGGUUUCUUACCGUCGGAUGGGUCACAACGAGAUGGACGAGCCGAUGUUCACUCAGCCGCUGAUGUACAAACAGAUCAAGAAGCAGAAACCUGUUCUGCAGAAAUACGCUGAGAAGCUGAUCGCAGAGGGAGCGGUGAGCCGCCAGGAGUACGAGGAGGAAAUCGCCAAGUACGAUAAGAUCUGUGAAGAAGCGUACGCUCGCUCCAAAGACGAGAAAAUCCUCCACAUCAAACACUGGCUGGACUCACCAUGGCCCGGUUUUUUCACUCUGGACGGACAACCCAAGUCUUUGACCUGCCCGUCCACUGGACUGACCGAAGAGAACCUGAACCACAUUGGACAGAUGGCGUCAUCCGUCCCCGUCGAGGACUUCACCAUCCACGGAGGUCUGAGUCGUAUCCUGAAGAGUCGAGGUCAGAUGGUUCAGAACCGGACGGUGGACUGGGCUCUGGGAGAGUACAUGGCGUUCGGAUCGCUGCUGCAGGAGGGAAUCCACAUCAGGCUGUCGGGUCAGGACGUAGAGCGAGGGACGUUCAGCCACCGUCAUCACGUCCUUCACGACCAGAACGUGGACAAGAGGAUCUGUAUUCCCAUGAACCACCUCUCUCCUGACCAGGCGCCGUACACGGUCUGCAACAGCUCGCUGUCAGAGUACGGAGUCCUGGGUUUCGAGUUGGGUUUUGCGAUGGCGAGUCCGAACGCUCUGAUCCUGUGGGAGGCUCAGUUCGGAGAUUUCCAUAACACGGCUCAGUGCAUCAUCGACCAGUUCAUCUGUCCCGGUCAGGCCAAGUGGGUGAGACAGAACGGCAUCGUGCUGCUGCUGCCGCACGGCAUGGAGGGCAUGGGUCCAGAACAUUCUUCAGCUCGUCCAGAGAGAUUCCUCCAGAUGUGCAACGAUGACCCAGAUGUCCUGCCCAACCUGACGGAUGACAUUGCCGUGCGUCAGCUGUACGACUGUAACUGGAUCGUGGUCAACUGUUCGUCUCCUGGAAACUACUUCCACGUCCUCAGACGACAGAUCCUGCUGCCGUUCAGGAAGCCGCUGAUCGUCUUCACUCCCAAGUCUCUGCUGCGCCACCCAGAGGCCAGAUCCAGCUUUGACGAGAUGCUGCCCGGAACUCACUUCCAGAGGUUGAUCCCAGAGGCCGGCUCAGCGUCCGAGCGUCCAGAGGAGGUGAAGAGGUUGAUCUUCUGCACGGGGAAGGUUUACUACGAGCUGACCAAAGAGAGGAAGAACAGAGGGAUGGAGGGAAACGUGGCCAUCGCACGUAUAGAGCAGGUUACCCCGGCUGAGGUGGUUGAGUUCGGGUGGUCUCGGUCCUUAAUGCCCCGGAGGCCCGGAGGAGUUCAGACUACGGAGCCCCGGAGCAGGGCUCAGACACCGGGGAAGUAG